UCUCGCCUCUACUUGUAAACGACAGAGCGUCGGAUCAGAAAUGCUCGGAUUAAUAUUCCUCAUUGUCGCCACCGGGAUUGUUUUAGAUAGUGCAGACGGGGCCAAUCCGAGUAGAAAGUCAGCAGCGAACGACUACUGGUGCUACCGCGCGAAGUACUGCCGCAGCACGCGCGUGAGCGCAUGCGCGAGAGACGUGCGCUUGAAGCUCGCCCGCUGGUUCCCCGACGAGUGCGCAGUCUUCAACUAUAACUGCGAUACUCAAACUGAUUACACGGUAACUAGUGAGAAGCAGUGUAACACGCUCAAACUGACCAGGACUACCACGACAGAAGCUAUGAGUGAAAUUGUCACAAGAAAACACAAGAUACGCAGAAGGAUAGAAAGAACAACAAAAUUCACACUACCAACCUUCAAAUCUUAACAAGAGUAUGUAGUCUGCCCUUACUCUUUAACAUUAGCUCCUAUCGCGAUAAAAGAUGGAUUUUGAUGGGAUCAUAGGGAAAUUAUUCAUUUUAAUUUAAAUAAUCAUUAAUAAAAUGUAUACGGAUCUGUCCACAUUUCAUGUUUAAAAAUGUCUACGUUACUUCUUGACAAAAUUCUAUAUUACUUCUAAACCGUUUUGACACACAAAGAUAACUGCUGUACUAUCCUGUAAAAUUAAGUAGGUAUCACCAACCAAAAAGACUACCUAAAUAAGUAGUUCUUUAUCUUCUUUUCUUCACUGUGCAAGCCUCCGAAUGCCUUCUAUUGCAACUCGUUUGAUUUGGAUAUCCAUUAAAUUUUUACAUUAAACCAUUGAAGCAUG